GAAAAAUGUCUGUAGUCAUCCUGCAACCACCAUUCAUUGCACAGGACACCGAAAAGCCAAACCGUGUAAUGUGCGACAAAUCGAUGUUACAUAAUUUUUUUCUCCCAGAAGAUUUGUUGUGAUUUAAUCGAGAGCAUCCGUUUUUAGUAGUGUGCGAAAUCAUUACGCCAAUAGAUAACCGUUCAAGGUCGUCCUUUUAUAGGGUUCGGGUACGUAUACCAAAGUGAGACGUCCGUCUAGCAGCUCAGUUUGUUCAAGAAUUCAGACACCAGAGCACAUAUCGAUACAGAAAAAUGAAGAUCGCUAUGUGUUUGACGAUUUUCGUUGCGUCGGCCGUAUUAGUGGCCCACGACUGUCAGGCCGCACCAGCUCCGCCUCCGUUCACCGAUGAGAAGGCAGACCGCGAGAGUCUUGACGUCAACGAAGUGGGACCGACCGAGGAGGACUGGAAGCUGUACACCCGGUUGACGAAGACCAUGUCGCACGAUCCGUCGGACGCCGACAAGACCCGCGAGCUGCUGAAGGAGAUCGAAGAGUAUUCGCGGCUGGUCACGCCCGCCGACGCGCUGACCACGACCGACGUCCCCGCCGACGGCACGACGGACCUGCCGGAUUCGGCGGACUCGGCGGAUGUCACCGAAACGGAUCAAGCGUCGUCCGACUGGUUCGCCUCGACGUGGAGGAACAUGAACCGGAACGACGACGGCGGCGACGACGACGGGCCGCGAAUGGGCAGGCAAGACGACGGCAACGUGGAAGACAUCAUCAGAAAGAUUUCCAACGACUUGAAGAAACUGUACGUCAAGAUCAAGCAAGUGAUUACGGUGGUGAAAAACUGGGUCAACCACGCUAAGGGUUCAACAAGUGAAUUUGAUGGAUACCCAAUGUCUGCAAGUGCUUCUGAAUCGGAUGGAGUUUUUGUAAUUCCCGAUCCACUAAUUGGGGAUAUAGAUAAGUCUAAUAAAUACAUUUUACCCAUAAAUGACGAUUAAAUUAUAAAUAUUAAUUUCCGAUUAAACUUAUAUGGCUUAUUGAAAUCGCACAUCAACCUAAAAUCGGUAAUUUAAAUUAUAUUAUUUAAGUUUAUUUUAUUUACUUAGUUAAAUAUUGUUCCUUUAUUGUAUCAUUUAUUUAUUCUGUACUUACAUGAUAACAUUUUUCAAUAUAAAAUACAAUUAUUAUA